AUGGAGGCCUCCCGCCUUGCCGCUGACGGAGUGCCCGAUGCCGAAAAGGCUUUCUUUGUGGCAGACCUCAGCGCUGUCUAUCGUCAACACCAGCGAUGGAAGCACUGUCUUCCCGAUAUUGAGCCGUUCUAUGCUGUCAAGUGCAACCCUGAUCCUUACGUCCUUCGCCUCCUCGCCGGCCUUGGUACGGGCUUCGAUUGCGCUUCAAACGGCGAAAUCUCGCAGGUUCUGGGGAUUGGCGCCGUGGACCCUUCUCGCAUCAUCUUCGCCAAUCCUUGCAAAGCGACUUCGUUCAUACGUGGCGCUCAGAAAGCGGGGGUCGAGAUGAUGACAUUCGACAACGCCGACGAGCUUUACAAGAUCAAACGCGUCUACCCUGGCGCUAAACUCGUCCUCCGCAUCCUCACCGACGACUCCAAGAGCUUGUGCAGGCUCGGCCUCAAGUUUGGCGCGCCACUCGUGGCGGUGCGAGGCCUUUUGGAGAAGGCGAAGGAGCUCGACUUGGACGUGGUGGGCGUCAGCUUCCAUGUCGGCAGUGGCUGCUUCGACUCCAACGCAUUCGCGGAUGCUGUCAUGCGCGCAAGGACCGCCUUCGACGUCGGCAAAGAAGUCGGAUACGCGUUCAAGCUCCUCGACGUCGGGGGUGGCUUUGAGGACAACAACUUUGAGCGCACGGCUGGCGUGCUGCGCCGCGCUAUCAACGAGUACUUCAUCGACCGCCGCGAGCUCGGCAUCAGGAUCAUCGCAGAGCCAGGCCGCUUCUACGUCUCGAAGGCGUUCAACCUGGCAGCGAACGUCAUCGCUCGUCGUGCACCCCUCGAUGACGGAACCGAACAAGAUAUGGACGGCAUGGAAGAAGAUCAGCCACGUGUGAUGUAUUACAUCAACGACGGCGUUUACGGAGCGUUCAACUGCAUCCUCUUCGAUCACCAAGUCGUCCACCCUUACGUCUUGUCCUUGGACGGCUCCUUUCAUGUGCCGGCCGGCAGCCGCACGCUGAAGAGCAGUGUCUGGGGGCCGACGUGCGACAGUAUCGACUGCGUGUGCGCGAACGCCGAACUACCUGCUACGCUCGCCGUCGGCGAUUGGCUUGGGUUCGACAACAUGGGCGCCUACACGAUCUGCGCGGCCAGUCGGUUCAAUGGGUUCGACGUGAGUAAAGUGGUGUACACGGUAGGAGGGGGCUCCGAUGGCAGGGAGGUGAAGGCCGUGCUUGGCUCGUUCGCGCGCGCGACUCGCGGGUAUUGA